UCAACAUUAUUGGAGGUCUAAUAAAAGACAUCUGAAUUGACUUGUCCUCUGCUAAUAACUCGAAAUUCAUUAAUUCAUCUUCUCUAAAUCAUCUGCAAACCAUAUUGAAGCUUCAUCGAUUCUUGAGCUAAAGUUUGGAAAUGGCAGGAACCACUUCUUCAAUCAUUUCCAAUCUAUUGUCUUCCUUGAAACGGUUCUCCCAGUUUAUGCUUACCUUUACUUCAUUGGUUGAAUCUUCCUCAUCAUCCAUAACACAAGAAGAUGUAACUGCUAUCGAAGUUAAUUCGAACCAAAAAAGAUUAAUGGAGGAUUUGAGCCGAUUGUCGAGGAUGCUGCAAAGAAUUCAGGUAGUUCUUCAUGAUGCCGAGGAAAGGGAGAUCUAUGACAAGACUAUCCAACUCUGGCUCAACGAGCUUAGAGAAGUUGCAUAUGAUGCUGAAGAUGUCUUGGAUCAAUAUGAUUAUCAAGUUAUCAAAACCCAAUUGGAAGGAAUGACACCAACAGCUGAAGUAAAGCCUUCUCUAAAAUUAAAACAAGUGGAUGAUGAUGAUAUUUAUGGCUACCAGGUAUCACUACCUCCCUCUAAUUCAAAAAAAAUUCCCAUUUCUUAUGACAUGGCCAUGAGGAUCAUUGAGAUCCUAAAGAAAUUUGAUGAGAUUGCACAUGAUAGAAAAGCACUUUAUCUUAGAGAAGAAGAUGCACCUAGGCGGCCUCGUUUCAAUGAUGUUAUGAAGAGGCCACCAAGUAGUUCACUUGUGCUUGAAUAUGAUGUUUUUGGAAGGGAUAAGGAAAAGAGAAAGAUAAUUCAAUUGUUAAUGUCUCAUUCAGAGAAGGAGAACAUUGUAAUUCCCAUUGUCGGCAUGGGGGGUGUGGGAAAGACGACACUUGCUCAACUUGUAUACAAUGAUCUUGAGGUAUGCCGGCAUUUUAGCCCAAAGGUUUGGGUUUGUGCCUCCGAACAAUUUGAUAUUCUGAGAAUAAGAAAAGAAAUUUUGUCAUCUAUUUUGGAUUCAUCCAAUUACAAUGAUAACAAUAACUUGGAUUUGCUUCAACGCAAACUCAAGGCUGCUCCAUUAAAUAAAAAUUUUCUUCUUAUUCUUGAUGAUGUCUGGAAUGAGAGAGCUGAUAUAUGGGAGGUCUUACGAGCCCCCUUUUCUGGUACUGGAGUGGGAAAUAUUAUUAUAACAACUCGAUCUAUGUCAGUUGCUCACAUCAUGCAAACGGUGUCCCCAAUUCAGCUUGAAUGCCUACAUGAACAGAAGUCAUGGUUAUUGUUCAAAAGUUAUGCUUUCCAUGGUUGGCAGCAUGAUCAACAGCUAGAUUUUGAACAACUUGGGAGGAGAAUUGUUAAGAAAUGCGGCGGAUUGCCUUUAGCUUUAAAAGUUAUUGGGGGAUUUCUACAAAACGAAUUUAAGGUGCAAACAUGGAAGGAUGUAUUAAACAAUAAUUUAUGGGAUCCCAAAGAAAUUAUUUCAUCUUCAUUAAGGAUAAGCUACAAUCACUUGCCAUCAUAUCUUAAACCAUGCUUUCUCUAUGCAUCUCUUUUCCCAAAGGAUCAUUACUUUCAGAAACUAGAAUUGAUAAGAAUGUGGAUCGGUCAAGGUUACAUUCAGCAGCUCACAUAAAGAAAAAGUUUAUGGGAAGAUAUUGCACUUGAAUACUUUGAAGACUUGGUGAGAAGGUCAUUAUUUCAUAACUCAAAACAUGAAGGAUUCGUUUUGCAUGAUAUGGUGCAUGAUUUAGCUCAAUCUAUAACUAGAAAUGAGAUAUGUUAUUCAUUAGUUUUUGAUGAAUUGAAGAAUAUUCCCAAAGACGCAAAGCAUGUUUUCAUAAAAAACAUCAAGCUUGAUCAAGUUCUUUUACGUGGGGCUAUAAGGACACUUUACAUUGGUACACCAAUUUAUUUUUCUGUGGAAAUUCAAAAAACUUUUUCUAAGAUUCUAUUCUCUAAUUUGGGAUGCUUGCGUGUUUUGAGAUUUGAUACCAUCAUAUGCAGCUAUGAAUUUAUAGAUUGGAUAGGUAACCUACAACAACUCCGUUAUCUCUCUAUACGUGCACGGGAAAUCCAUAUGACAGAGAACUCUUUAUGUAGCCUUUACAAGUUACAAACACUAAUACUCGAUUCAAAUUAUAUAAAUAUGCUACCCCAUGCAAUGGGAAAACUUAUCAACUUACGUCACUUGAUGAUUAAAAGCAAGAAAAUAGCAUUGGUGUCGAAAUCAUAUUUUGGGAGUAAAAAUCUCCUUUCUUUGAGUUUUAAUGAGGCAAGAAAUGAAUUUC